AUGAAUUUAACGAAUGAAGAACGAAUUCGAUGUAACGAAUGUUUGAAAAAGUUAUAUCAAAUAAAAUUAAUGUGUAUACAAUCCAUUCAAUAUCUUAUUGAACAACAGCAUGAAAUCGAUGAAUGUAUUGCUGAUCUAAAAUCAACUAAACUACAUGCAGAAGCCAUAAAUGAAAAGAUAUCGACAUUGAAUCAAAUGUAUUACGUGAAAAUAUGUUGUCUUAAUAGAAAACGAGAUUUAUUAGAAACAACAAAUUCGAAUGAUCCAAGUCAAAUGUUUAUUUUAUCAUUUCCAAAUGAACAAUCCAAUGGAAAUAAUUAUGCAUACGGAUUAAAUGAGUUAGAAAAUGAUUUUGAACUUGAAAAAUUAAUUAAAUCAGUAAAUAAUUCGUAUCCACAACUCUUAACAAAAGAUGAUUUCGAACAUAUUCUACAUGAAGAAUAUACAACAUUAUUUGAAUUUGCAAAAAAAUUAACUAAAUGUGUACAAAUACUACACGAUACUAUUGAAUUUCUUGGCACAGACAUUAAGUUAACACUAGAACAUAUGCAAUUAGCUCAACCACGUAUGCGUCAAUUGUUAAAACUUAAAGCACCUUUAGCUUUUGCUCAAGUACAACACAACAGGAUGAUUUAA